AUGACACCGAGGGUUUCUAUGAGGCGUCGCUCUGCUGAAGUUGCUCAGACAGAGCCAAUGGAGAAAGGAAAUGGGAAGAAUCAGACAAAUCGAAUCUGUUUAUUGGUUUCUUUAUCACUUUUCUUCUGGGCAUUGUUGUUGUACUUCCAUUUUGUUGUUUUAGGAAGUAGCACUAGUAACAUUGAGAAUCAGAUCCAAUUGCAACCUAGUUAUGCUCAAUCUCAACCAUCACCAACAGUCUCUCUUCGGGUAGAUAAAUUCCCUCUUGAGCCUCACACAGUUCCUUCGAAACCUCCCAAGGAGCCUUUAGUUACUACAAUAGGUAAGCCAGUACUUCCUCCUGCUCCAGUAGCUAACUCUACUUCCACCGUUAAGCCGCCUAGUGUUGUCGAGAAACAGGAGUUUCCGUUUAUACGAGCGUUGAAGACGAUUGACAACAAAAGCGAUCCGUGUGGAGGGAAGUACAUUUAUGUUCAUGAUUUACCUUCGAGGUUUAAUGAGGAUAUGCUUAAAGAUUGUAAGAAGCUUAGUCUUUGGACUAACAUGUGCAAGUUCACCACCAAUGCUGGUCUUGGACCACCGCUUGAGAAUGUCGAAGGUGUUUUCUCGGAUGAAGGCUGGUACGCGACUAAUCAGUUUGCUGUUGACGUGAUAUUCAGCAACCGGAUGAAGCAGUACAAGUGCUUGACGAAUGAUUCUUCUCUUGCUGCUGCGAUUUUUGUGCCGUUCUAUGCUGGAUUCGACAUUGCUAGGUACUUAUGGGGAUACAAUAUCUCGACCAGGGAUGCUGCUUCGCUUGAGUUGGUCGAUUGGCUCAUGAAGCGGCCUGAGUGGGAAAUAAUGAGAGGUAAAGAUCAUUUCCUUGUGGCGGGUAGGAUAACGUGGGAUUUCAGGAGAUUGUCUGAAGAAGAAACUGAUUGGGGCAACAAGCUUCUCUUCUUACCGGCUGCCAAGAACAUGUCUAUGCUUGUGGUUGAGUCGAGUCCAUGGAACGCAAACGAUUUCGGGAUCCCGUACCCAACCUACUUCCACCCAGCAAAGGACUCAGAGGUGUUUGAGUGGCAAGAGCGGAUGAGAAACCUGGAAAGGAAGUGGCUUUUCUCAUUUGCAGGAGCCCCACGACCUGACAACCCGAAAUCCAUCAGAGGGCAGAUCAUUGACCAAUGUCGAAACUCAAAAGUUGGGAAACUAUUGGAAUGUGAUUUUGGGGAAAGCAAAUGUCAUGCACCAAGUAGCAUUAUGCAGAUGUUUCAGGGCUCUCUCUUCUGUCUGCAACCGCAGGGAGACUCUUACACCCGAAGAUCGGCUUUUGACUCAAUGCUUGCCGGUUGCAUACCUGUCUUCUUCCACCCGGGCUCAGCUUAUACACAGUACACAUGGCAUCUACCGAAGAACUUCACAACCUACUCGGUUUUCAUCCCCGAGGAUGAUAUUCGGAAGAGAAACAUGAGCAUCGAGGAACGACUCCUCCAGAUUCCACCAGAGCAAGUGAAGAUCAUGAGAGAGAAUGUAAUAAACCUCAUCCCGGGGCUGAUCUACGCAGACCCGAGAUCAGAACUGGAGACACUGAAAGAUGCAUUUGAUGUCUCGGUACAGGCCGUGAUAGACAAGGUGACUCGGUUAAGGAAGAACAUGAUCGAGGGUCGAACCGAGUACGAUUACUUUGUGGAAGAGAACAGCUGGAAGUAUGCCUUGCUAGAGGAAGGCCAGCGGGAAGCAGGGGGCCACGUGUGGGAUCCGUUCUUCUCGAAACCAAAGCCCGGAGAAGACAGCAGCAGCGACGGCAAUGGAGGCACGACUAUCUCGGCAGAUGCAGCUAAGAAUUCAUGGAAGAGCGAACAGAGAGAUAAGACACAGUAA